GACGCGGCAUAUUUGAGGAUGGAGGCUACCGGGUACACCCACGAUUGUGCUGGGAGGGUCGAGGGACCCUCCCGGUCACGGGAAACAAGCGGGGGUGAGUGUCGCAGCCUGUGGAGUGACUAGCAGGAAAUGGCACGCGAAGGGCAUCAUUUCGACUUUUCACUCUUACUGUACUCAUUCCCCGAAUGACCACAGCAAGGGGGAGGGGGUCGGAGAGAGAAAAACCUUGCGAAAUGGAAGGAAAAAGAUAUUUGAGAAACUAAAGCUUCAGGCGGCGGGGGGAAAGGAAUGACCGGAGUUGUAGUGAAACCGGCAGCUGCGGCGAGCUGGGAAGCCGCUGGGAGGGGAAGAGGCUGGGCUUAAGGCAACCUGCUGCGGGGUGUAGACAAAGGCGACUUGGGAGGCAGAGGCCGGGGCGGGAUCAGUCGCUACUAUCAGCCUGGGGAGAGCGCCAGCGGCUGGACUCCCGCGUGGAAACCCGGGAAAUUCACCAGCCUCCCCUUCAGGGUAGGAAUGCCCGGAGUAUGCACCAAGCUAAGAACCCAGAGGGAAGAAGUAAGUUUGGGAGAGGACUUAACCGAUUUUGACGGUCUUUGAACUCUGAACUCCUCUUGGAGGCAUGCCUGCGCCGAUGCGUUCCCUCUUCAUCGUUUCUGUCUCUUGUGUCAUCGUUUUCAUCGUGUUUUGCGUGUUCAACUUUGGGGGAGAGCAAGGCUUCCAGAAGCUAAAUAACUCAGACACUUGGAUGCUGACUCAAGUUUGCACAUCCCUUAUCAAAGACAAAACACCAUUAUUCUGGAGAAACAAACUGAUGAUGUAUGGGAAGUCUUCCUGCAAGGCGUCCGUGACCCAAAGCCACUAUAUCACGGAGCCCUUAUCCAAGGAAGAAGCCGAGUUUCCUUUGGCAUAUAUCAUGGCCAUCCAUCACAACUUCGACACCUUUGCAAGGCUCUUCAGGGCUGUUUACAUGCCUCAGAACGUCUACUGUGUACAUGUGGAUGAGAAAGCGACAGUUGAGUUUAAAGACUCAGUAGAGCAAUUACUGAGCUGCUUCCCAAAUGCUUUUCUGGCUUCCAAGAUGGAGCCCGUGGUCUAUGGUGGGAUUUCCAGGCUCCAGGCUGACCUGAACUGCAUCAAAGAUCUUGCAGCCUCGGAGGUUCCAUGGAAAUACGCCCUCAACACCUGUGGGCAAGAUUUCCCCCUGAAAACCAACAGGGAAAUCGUUCAGUAUCUGAAGGGAUUUAAAGGGAAAAACAUCACCCCCGGGGUGCUGCCCCCAGCUCACGCAAUUGGGCGGACUAAGUAUGUCCACCGAGAGCACCUAGGCAAGGAGAUCUCCUAUGUGGUGAGGACCACAGCCUUGAAGCCGCCUCCUCCCCACAACCUAACCAUCUACUUUGGCUCUGCCUAUGUGGCCCUGUCCAGAGAGUUUACCAACUUUGUCCUCCACGACCCACGGGCCCUUGACCUGCUCCAGUGGUCCAAAGACACCUUCAGUCCGGAUGAACAUUACUGGGUGACGCUCAAUAGGAUUCCAGGUAUGUGGGAUUCCCUGUUUCACGUGAAGGCAACAUUCUGGACUUGAAAGGGCUUUUCGAGCUCCUGCUCCUUUUUGAUUAGGAGAUAAAAGCUGAAGUAUGUAGCUUUCACUUGAAUUCUUUCUAAACCCUGAAAGAAUGAUGUUCUUUAGGUGACAAUUCAGUAGUCUAACCAAGCCAAACCAAUACCUCUUAGUGGUAUUGAUCUGCAGUUCGUCGUGUUCUCUUGCAUUUAUCAUCUUAUUAAAUCUUGGUCGCAGUCAGGAUGAAUUGCGCCCCAUCCCCUCUGGUGUUCUUUCUUUUCCCCAGAUUUGUCAGACUUGCUGUAACCCCAGGGCCAUUGGCUUGGCCAUUCCCCUGCCCAUUCCUGGUUUCCCCCUCAUCAGCCAGAUGUCAUCAACUCUGAGAAGCUAAACUGACCAUCCCACUCUUUUCCUUCAGAGAUUUUCAUCAUCUUCUGGGAUUAUUAAAUCUACUUAUUUACAUGGAUUUGUUUUUGGCCUUGUCUGCAUUAGCUCUGUGAGGCGGGUCAUUUUCUAUUUUACCUGCUGUAUCCUCCGUGCAAAGAACACAUAGUAAAAUGCUCAAUAAAAAGAUGAAUGAAUGAA